UGGGAAAGAGUGGACUGAGGGAAACCGGAAGUCAGUGAAGAGCAGAGAGAAGGGAUUGCACUUUUCCCGGUGUUUUUUCUUCAGUUUUAGACAUGCUUGGAGCUGUAAAUAGAAGAUAAAUGUCAAUAGACAAAACAUGAAGGUGAACCUGCCUGUAAAAUGAGCCUUCGUGAGGAGAAUGAUGUCGCUGGCUCUGCUGACAUCCCAGAGAUCCAGAGAGUGGCCUCUCCAGUUCCUAGCUGGGUCUCUACGAUGAGUGACCACUCCAUGUUCGGGCGUUCUGCUUUUAGAAAUGAAGCAAAACGCCCUAGGUUGGAGUCGCAAAGAGCAGCAUCUCCAGUUCCUAGCUGUGUUUCUAUGAAGAGUGACCACUCUAUGUUUGAGCCUCCUGCUUUCAGUGAUGGACCUGAACACCCUAGGUUGGAGAACCAUAGAGCAACGUCUCCAGUUCCUAGCUGUGUUUCUAUGAAAAGUGACCACUCUAUGUUUGAGCUUCCUUCUUUCAGUGAUGGGUCUAAACACCCAAGGUUGGAGAACCAUAGAGCAGCGUCUCCAGUUUCUAGCUGUGUUUCUAUGAAGAGUGACCACUCCAUGUUUAAGCCUCCUGCUUUCAGUGAUGAAGCAAAAUGCUCAAGGUUGGAGAACCACAGAACAGCACCUCCAGGUCCUAGCUGUGUUUCUAUGAAGAGUGGCCACUCCAUGUUUGAGCCCCCUGCUUUCAGUAAUGGGUCUAUACGCCCAAGGUUGGAGAACCAUAGAACAGCACCUCCAGUUCCUAGCGGUGUUUCUAUAAAGAGUGGCCACUCCAUGUUUGAACCUCCUGCUUUCAGUGGUGUAUUCAAUGACCUUAGGCUGGAGAUUAAUAGAACAGCAUCUUCAGAGCCCAGCUGUGUGUCUAUGAAGUGUGAUCACUCCAUGUUUGAGCCUCCUGCUUUCAGUGAUGGACCAAAGCAAUCCAGACAUGGAGUCUGCAAUCAAAUUCUUAAAGAUCCAGCCGGUAGCAGCUGUGGGCAUUCUGGUUCAUCUGGAACAUGUGCUUCUCUUCAGCACAAAACAAAAUCUACAACAGAGUCUACAUUACCAUCACCUAGAAAUACUGAGGAGUGUAUGCAGCAUAACCCACAAGUUGAAGACACUCUUCAGAAAGUCUUAGUGACCCAUAAAGCCAGUAUGAAGAGGAAGUAUGAGUGCUUAUUUGAGGGAAUCCCGACGCACGAAAACAAAACCCUCCUGAACAGCAUUUAUACUCAGCUCUACCUCGUAGAAGGAGAGAAUAAAGGUGUGAAUGAAGAACAUGAAGUUUUGCAAGUUCAGAAAUUGUUAGGGGAAUGCGUUAAGGGCAUCCCAGUCAAUUGCAAUGACAUCUUCAAGCCCUUACCAGAACAAGAAUUGGAAAAUCAUUAUGAAAGAAAAGGACCAGCAGAGGGAAGGUUCAAAACAGUGCUAACUAAAGGAAUUGCAGGAAUUGGAAAAACAGUCUCGGUGCAAAAGUUCAUUCUUGACUGGGCAGAGGGAAAAGCCAAUCAAGAUGUAGAUUUUGUGUUUCUUCUUCCGUUCCGAGAGCUGAACCUGAUUAAAGAUGAUCAGUACAGUCUUCAUGAACUUCUGUGCAUAUUCCAUCCUGAGCUUAAAGAACUGGAUCUGAAGAUAUUGGACAGCUGCAAAGUUAUGUUCAUCUUUGAUGGUCUGGAUGAAAGCAGAAUUUCCCUUAGCCUAACAGCAUCAAAAAGUAAGAAAGUUUCUAGCAUGACCAUGAAAUCAUCAGUGGGUACAUUAAUGACAGAAAUCAUCAUUGGAGAUCUGCUUUCCUCUGCUCUCCUCUGGAUAACCUCACGCCCAGCAGCAGCCAAUCAGAUCCCGUCUCGAUACAUCAGCCGUGUGACAGAAAUCCAGGGAUUUGAUGACCCCCAGAAAGAGGAGUACUUCAAAAAGAAAAUCAGUGAUCUGUCGCAGGCCAACAGAGUCUUCUCACAGAUUGCAAAAUCCAAAACGCUCUACAUAAUGUGCCACAUACCGAUCUUCUGUUGGAUUUCAGCCACUGUGAUUCAGAACCUGCUGAAUCAAGAUUCUUUUGGAAAUAUUCCCACAACUUUGACAGAAAUGUACAUACACUUCAUGCUCAUGCAGACAAAAACAAAGAUGCAGAAGUAUCAUGUGAGCAAUGAGCAAGAUCCAGUGAAAUGUAAUGCGGAGAUGAUUCUGAAACUUGCUGAGCUGGCCUUCAAACAGCUGAUCAAGGGCAAUAUCCUGUUCUAUGAGGAGGAUCUGUUAGAAUGUGGCAUUGAUGUCACUGAGGCGUCAGUAUAUUCUGGCAUGUGCACUGAAAUCUUUAAGAAGGAAUCUGUGCUUUAUCAAAAGAAGGUCUACUGCUUUGUGCAUUUGAGCUUUCAAGAGUUUUUUGCAGCCAUUUUUGCAUUUCACGCUUGUCUAGAGAAGAAAAGUGCCGUACUGAAGAUUUUCCAGACUCGGAACCCAAAAUCACAUGGACGAUUUGUGGAUGAAUUUCUGACUUCUGCCAUGGACAGUGCUUUGAAGAGUAAGACUGGACACCUGGAUCUCUUUCUCCGGUUUCUUUAUGGCAUCUCGGCACAGUCCAACUGGAAACUCCUUACUCACAUACUAAGACCGAAAAGUUACGUCUCGGAGCAGUUCCUUGAGAAUAUUCAACGCGUCAAACAGAAACAUCCAAAGAACGUCAGCCCUGAGAGAUGGAUGAAUUUCUCACACUGCCUUAUUGAAAUGAAGAAUCAAAUUUUUCAGAUAGAAAACAAGGCUUUGCUGAAAACGAAGAAGAAGCUCACGCAAUGGGAAUGCACAAGCAUGGCUUUUAUGCUACAGCUGACUGAUGAAGUAUUGGAUGAGUUUGACCCAAAGACAUACAACACCUCAGAGGAUGGACGUAAGAGACUGAUCCCACUUGUGAGGAACUGCAGAAAGGCUGUGCUGACAAAUAUAAAACCCACCACCCAGGACUGUGAAAUCAUUUUCUCUGCUCUGCAGUCAGCAAACUCAACUCUGACCAAGCUGGAUCUGAGUUACAAUAACAUUCAGGAUUCAGGAGUGAAACAGCUCUGUGCUGGACUGAAGAAUCCACACUGUAAACUGGAGACACUGAGGUUGGUUAUGUGUAAUCUCACUGAGCAGACCUGUGAAUUUGUAGCAGCAGCUCUGCAGGCUCCACAUUCACCCUUGAUAGAACUGGAUCUAAGUCAGAAUGACCUGCAGGACUCAGGGGUGAAGCUGCUUUCUGAUGGACUGAAAAGUUCACACAAUCAACUGAAGAUACUGGGGCUGUCUGGUUGUCUGGUCACAGAAGAAGGCUGUGCCUCUCUGGCUUCUGCUCUAAGUUCAAACCCAUCACACCUCAGAGAGUUAGAUCUGAGUUACAACCACCCAGGAGAAUCAGGAAUGAAGAUGCUCUGUGCUAAAGUGGACAGUCCAAAUUGCAUGCUGAAGAAAUUAAACUUGGAUUCGGGAGGGAUGUCCACAAUCAAACCUGGAGUAAGAAAAUAUGCCUGUGAGCUCACUCUGGAUAUGAACACCAUUAGCAAUCAACUGGCCCUGAGUGAAGAGAACAGAAAGGUGACAUUUGUAUUAGAUGAUGAGCUGCAGCCAUCCUAUCCGGAUCAUCCAGCGAGAUUUGAUUUUACUCAGGUGCUGUGCCGAGAGCCUCUGACUGGACGCUGUUACUGGGAGGCUGAGUGGAGUGGAUGGAAAGCUGGAAUUGCGAUGGCUUAUAAAGGAAUCCCAAAGAACUCGAAAAGUCCUACAGAAUUUGGAAGUAAUGAUAAGUCCUGGGCUUUGUUUUACCACAAUAACAAAUACUCUGUCUUGCACAAACACAAGAAGACAGCCAUACCCAUCCCGCGCUCUCAUAGCAAUAGAGUAGGUGUGUAUCUGGACUGGCCAGCUGGCACUUUGUCCUUCUACUGUGUCUCUUCUGAUCUACACACACUGAUUCAUCUUCACACUUUGCAGUACAGGUUCACUGAGCCUCUUUAUGCAGGCAUUUUCGUUUAUGACUCUUCAGUGACUUUGUGCCAUGUAUAGUGCUGAGUCUGACACCCUGAAAUGUUGCCUCAUUCACUGUAGCAUACCCAUGUACGCGUUUUGUGUUACAGGUACACAUUUUGACCUUGUAGUGCACUUAUAUGAUUACAUAUGCUAGACUACACAUAUUGUUUGAUAUCGUUUUUUUGCCAUGACAUCCCUAGUUUGUCUGUUGUGAGCGUGUUGACGGUUGCUCACGCUUUCCCACUGUCCAGUAAAUAAGAAUGCUAAUCCAACAAACUACCUUACGAUCAAGCGCAACUUUCAUCCGCUUCACUCUCAGACACAUUUAAAUCUCUAUCUCUAUAUGCUACACUAGCAUUUAUAACCUCCAUUAAAGCUCUCAGUUAAACUCGAUAAUUCAGCACAUUAUAAUAUUCUAAUUAAAAAAUUGUCUCUACCUGCCAGGACGAUAUAUUUUCAGGACGAUAUAUUGUCCCAGAAAUUAUUGCGAUAAAUGAUAGAAAAUGCCUUUUCCUGCUUCUGGGCUGCCAAAAGAGCUUUAAGACAGUGUGCCACAGUAAUAAUAUACUAGCAUAAUAAAGCUCUUACACCAUUUUACAGUAAAAAUAACUUUUUAUUAUUAAGAGCAGACAUUGGGCUUCUAAUAUAAAAAUAUUUGAAUGUCCUUAAUAUCUAAAACAAAUACACUACAACCACCCUGGGACUCUUUGGGUUCUGAGAAAACUGCACUAAAUAUUAAACAGACCUUUAUAAAAAUAAAUAAAGUAACACCAUAUAGAUUAAAGUAACCUUUACAUUAUUUCAACUUUUUUAACUGCUGGGGGGAGUAGCUAACUAAGUUAAGUAAUGCUAAGCUAAGUAAACAAAACUGUAAUAAAAAUAACUCUUUUAAAGUCAAACGAGUUCUGCAUGUACACAGAUUUGUCUCCUGAAAACUAUUUAGUUGAGUGAGCAAAGCGCUUCAGUUUAUUUACAGUAAGGUUAGAUUCUAGGGGUGGGAAUCGAUUACUAUCUCACGAUUCGAUUCGAUUCCGAUUUUGGGGGCCACGAUUCGAUUCAAAAUCGAUUUUUGAUUCAAAACGAUUUGAAUUAUAAAUAUUUCUGCUUCUGGCUUAUGAAUCGUAUUGAAAAAAAACCCUCCAUAAUAUACACUGGUCCUGGAGCAAGUAAUGUGUUACAAAAACAAUAAAAUGUGCAGGAAUGUGGGUCCUCAGUGACAGAGGAAUCACUGGGAUAUCACAAUGACGUUAAUGAACAAUAAAUACAUAAAUAAAUAACACUGCUUUAUUACCAGGCUACUAGCGGUGGUGUGUAGGUGACGCUGCUGGGCUGAUGUGAUGAUAGCAGUGGAGCGCUAAAG